AUGUCCAAGUUGCUCCGGCGGCUUCGCGACCGUGGUGGUCACAUAGGCACCUCACGAAGACGUGAGGCAGGUUGGAUGGAAAUCUACCAAGGUCUGGUAGAUGAUAAUCGCUUCUCGAAUGUCUCUGUAAAUAUGUGUAAAGAAUACCUGGAAGAAAUCUACCAAGAAGACGAACCAAGAGCAGAUGAUGAGGCGAUUUUGCGCGAAAUGCAGGCACAGGAGCAAGAGCUAGAGGCGGUAAAUCGUCGGCUUCGACAAGUGAUGAAAAAAGAACUUUUCCAAGAAAUUACGGAGCCAAACUGCACCGCAUGGAAGUAG